GUCACCACGGCAACAUCAAACUUUCCCCAGCUGCGUGUGUUUAAUGAAACAAUGAGCGCAAAUAACAGAAAUCAAGAAAAGGACGAGAGUGUUCUGGCAGAAAGCGAUGAUGACUUUCAGUAUGAAGAAGUAUCUCUAGAAGAUGACUGGAGUUUGACAGAAGGGGAGGAAGAUUUUGAGGCAACGGUGAAAGCUAUCCAAGACCGGGCAGAGGCCAGUGCUGCUGCUGCUGCUGCUCCUCCCAGCCCCAACGCGACCUCCAUCACACACCAAGCCGAGGCCGUGGAUGACUUCUUACGCAACUUUCUCUUUCAAAUGGGCAUGCCAGAAACCCUUGAUUGUUUUCAGACUGAGUGGACCGAGAUGGUGCUGAAAGGGCUGGUGGAUACAGAACGGGUUGGUGUGGUACCGGACGUGUACACUGAAAACCAGAGUCUGGACAGGGAGCUGAAAAACGCGAAGCGGGAGGGGGAGGAGUACAGACUGGCAGCCUCUGCCGGAGCUGAGACACUGGCCAAGGUCCAGAAAGACAGAGACUUCCACCGGCUAAAACAUAAGCGUGUUGUCCAGGAGAAAAACAGGCUCAUCGAGGAGAUGAGAAAACUCAAAGUACAGUGCAACAACUACAAACCUGCGGUGAAGCGGAUGAAUGAAAAAUACCAAGCAGUUUUAAAGCAGACCAUGCUGAUGACUUUGGAGAUGGACAAGGCCUUUGGACAGGCGACCAGAGCUCAGCACAACAUCUCCUUCUGCGGGCCUGCGGGGGAAGAAGGAGCAGCCUGGACAGGAGAGCCAAGUGGCAAAGGGACAACUCAUCCAGUGAUCCGACCAAGACCUCCUACAUCUGCAAAUAGUCCAAGGAGUCAGACUAGGGUGAAGACCAGAGUGAUGUGACAGGGCCGAGCCGCUGUGACAGCAGUUAGAGUCUUGACAGGCAGAGUAAGGGAGGCUGUUUGUGGGAGGUGAUGUCAGGUCAAAGAGGGGUGACAGAGGUGAGGGAAGACAGCCAACGCCCUGUAUCUGAUCUGAUGGGAAGUGGCAGGACAUGAAGAGAAGCAGCCAAAUUCAGCCUGAAAGCGUGAUCAUAGUGUGAGGUCAGCGGGAACAGGAAUGGACAAGGAGAACCACUCUAGUCAUACUGAGUAGGGUUAGGGAAUACCUUGUCUUGACUGUCAAUCACAAAUAAAUCACACUUCGCAGAGAGUCUGCAGUUGCUACAAUACUUUCUUUACUUUUACGGCACGAUGCAA